CCGCGGCCGCCCCCGUCCAUGGCGCUGGAGCAGGCGCAGGGCGACGGCCCCGACCCGCCGCGCCUCUGCGAGCCCGGCCCCGCCGCGCCGCCCGGCAGCGGGACCCCGCUCUCCGCCCCGGAGAGCCCCGGCGAGCCCGGCCCCGGCGCGGAGCCGGACCCCGCGGCCGCCCCCGCCGUUCCCCCCGGCGGCGAUGCGGAGCCCGGGGCCGGCGGCGCGGAGGCCGCGGGGCAGAGCGGAGCGGCGGCCGAGGAGCCCGACGAGGAGGAGGCGGCCCCGGCGCGGCCGUCGCAGAACAUCGCGGUGCAGACCGACUUCAAGGCGGCCGAUGCUGACGUGAACACGGAUCAGGAUAUCGAGAAGAACUUGGACAAGAUGAUGUCCGAGCGGGCGUUGCUGAAGGAGCGCUACCAGGAGGUGCUGGACAAACAGAGGCAGGUGGAGAAUCAGCUGCAGGUCCAGCUCAAGCAGCUCCAGCAGCGGAGGGAGGAGGAGAUGAAGAACCACCAGGAGAUCCUGAAAGCAAUUCAGGACGUUACGAUCAAGCGAGAAGAGACAAAGAAGAAGAUGGAGAAAGAAAAGAAAGAAUUCCUGCAGAAAGAGCAGGAUCUGAAAGCUGAAAUUGAGAAACUCUGUGAGAAAGGGAGAAGGUUGCUGAAGGAGCAGGAGGAGAAGGAAAACAAGAUUGCCUCUCUGAUCGCAGAGCAGUCUGAUGAGAAGCAGCUGUGGGAGAUGGAGCUGGACAAGCUGAAGAACCAGCACAAUGAAAUCAACAGGAACAUUCUUGAGGAGACAGAACGGGCCUGGAAAGCAGAGAUCCUGUCCCUGGAGAGCCGGAAGGAGCUGCUGGUGUUGAAACUAGAAGAAGCAGAGAAAGAAGCAGAGCUGCACCUCACCUACCUCAAUUGUGCUUGCAGGUCUGCGCCGCCCACGCUGGAGACGAUGAGGCCAAAGCAGGAGUGGGAGAUGAGGCUGAACAGGAUACGAAUGACCAAGGAAACUGUCCGAGAUCAGUUCAACGACCACAUCCAGAUGGUGAGGAAUGGCACAAAGCUGAGCAGCCUCCCACAGAUCCCGACGCCGACGCUGCCGCCUCCGCCCUCAGAAACAGAUUUCAUGCUGACGGCAUUCCAGCCCAACCCUUCCCUUACUCCCCGGCUCCCCUUUCCCAUCGGACCCGUCCCCGUUCCCAUGGUCAUGCCGAGCGCCGAUCCUCGGGCGCUCUCCUUCCCUCUCCUGAACCCCGCCAUCUCCAGGCCCAACCAGCCCUCCCCACCCCUGCCUGCCUCCCAGGGGAGGAACAGCCCCGUGGUGGCAUCGCUCAUCGGCACGCACAGCCCUCACAUGCCUCCCGCCGCCUCCAUCCCUCCUCCGCCCGGCCUGGGCGGAGUGAACGUCGCUCCCGAGUUCCACAGGCCCCAGCCGGCCGACAAGCUGGAAAAGCUGCUGGAGAAGUUGUUGACUCGGUUUCCACAGUGCAACAAGGCCCAGCUCACCAACAUCCUGCAGCAGAUCAAGACAGCUCGGAAGACCAUGGCCGGGCUGACCAUGGAGCAGCUGAACCAGCUGGUAGCGGCCAAGCUGGCGGAGCAGCAGGAGCAGGCAGCGGCCGGGGCGCAGCCCCUCAGCCGGAUCAGGGCCCCCAUGUUCUCUGCUCCGCUGCCUCAGAUCAGCACCCCCGUGUUCCUGCCCCCGGCCCAGGUCGCCUACCCUGGAACGGCGUCACACACCCCAUCUGCCUGUAAGCUGUGUCUGAUGUGCCAGAAGCUCGUGCAGCCCGGUGACCUUCACCCCAUGGCCUGCUCGCACGUGCUGCACAAGGAGUGCAUCAAAUUCUGGGCACAAACCAACACGAAUGACACUUGCCCCUUUUGCCCAAGCCUCAAAUGACGGCUGCUGGAACAACGUGGGCCCACAGGAGGAGUUGCUGUGAAUAGACAGGAUCAGUUCUAAGAUUUCUACAGUUCUAUAUUUAUACGAUCAUGUAUACACAUGUACAUUUUUAUUAUAUAGGUAAUGUGUGUAUAGAAAGUCUGUAUACAUACAAAUUCAUAAAUAAAGUGUGUAUAUUAUGCAGUGA